GAGGGUUGUUCAAAGAGUCAUGCCGAUCUUAGAAGCAAGUACUUGGCCGAAAGACAUCAAAUGUAUAUGUCUUCCUCAUUAAAAUGGAAGCAGUACCUGGAGUGAGGGCUCUCCUCAGCCUCCAUCGAUUGGUGGUGCAGCGCAGCUUUGGGCUCAUUCCCGUACAGCUGGCAUCACUCUAUCUUCCCAGGAGACUUUGCAGCACUACUUCACCAUCUACUGAGUCAAAGCAAACUGUGAACACAGAGAAUGAAUCUCUGCUGGAGAACCUGAAUCUCAUGGGAGUUGAUUUAAAGAAGGUACGCCAGCGUCAGCCUGGCGUGCUCCGCAGAUCCUUCACCAAUGAACAAGGUCUCGCUCACUUUCUGGAAGGCAAAGGAGCCAGCAGCAGCGUUAUUGCCGACAUCAUAUCGCGUUAUCCCCGUGCUAUCACCCGCUCGAUUGAUCACUUGGAAAAGCGCUGGAAGCUUUGGAGAAACAUCUUCAACACAGAUGAAGAAGUUGUGAGCAUCCUGAAACGCUCACCUGAGUCUUUCUUCCGGUCCAGUGAUAAUGGGAAUUUGGAGAAGAACAUUGCUUUUCUGACCUCACUCGGACUGAACGCCAAAGACCUCCAUCGACUGCUGACCACAGCACCGCGGACAUUCUCCAACAGCUUAGAGCUCAACAAGCAGAUGGUGGAGUGUUUGGGAGACGUCUGUCUCCAACUUGGUGGCAAGAAUCCAGAGCAGUUUGCUAAAGCCGUCAUCUCCAGAAACCUUUACAUUCUCAUCCGAAGCACCAAAAGAGUGAGGACAAACAUUGAUAUCCUGAGAGAUCUUCUUAAACUGACAGACUCAGAGCUGCUUGCUCUCCUUCAAGGCCCUGGAGCAGAAAUACUGGACCUCUCCAGUGAAUACUUAAAGAAUAAUUUUAUCACUCUAGACCAAAAGUUGGUUUCUCUCGGCUGUCAGGAAACAGAUAUAAAAAAUAUGUUCCUCAAAUAUCCGAUGGUUCUGUUUAUUGGGGCGGACACGCUGAACUCUAAACUGGACUGUCUCCUAAAUGGAGGAAUAACAAUGAUGCAGAUCGUGAAAAAGCCAAAGGUUUUAGACUACAGCACACAGAACAUUACAGGGCGCAUACAGGAGCUGAAGAGGGUGGGAUAUGACUUUGAGAAGAAAGGGAUCAACAUUCUGGAGCUGAGCCGAAAGCGCUUUGUUGCAAAGAUGGAAAAACUUAAUGCCUCUUCCAACGACUAAAUGUAACUGUACAUAUUGUUAGAUGCGCCUUUCACUUAAACUUGGCUUUAUGAAGACCGAGUUUUGUCCAUGUGGUAACAAGAAUAUGAUGUCCAACCUCUAAAACGUCAUUUUUGUAAUAUUUCAAGAUAUUUAGUAGGGCUACAACAAACUAAUAUUUCAUCGCCGUCUAGUCUGCAGAAUUAUUUUCUUGAUUAUUGUUACGCCUCUAAAAUUGGGAACAAUUACAAUUUCCCGUACCCAAAGGUGUAUCUUCAAAUUGCUUGUUUUGUCUAACCAGUGAUCCAAAAACACAAUGAUAUUAAAUUCACUAUCUCAUAAGGCAACAAAAGCAAAAAUAAGAAAAUAAGAAGCUGGAACUGGGGAAAUUGUUGGCAUUUUUACUUAAACAUUGAGUCAAUUAUCAAGACUGUUGCUUCUAAAUUUUGUGUCAAGCGGGGUUCCCACAGUCAUGGAAAACCUGGAAAAGUCAUGAAAUUUCACAAUCACAAUUUCCAGGCCUGGGAAA